CAAAAGACGUAUGAGACCCUUCAAACAAGAGCUCUCUAACACCCGAUCUAUUCGCUCUUCAAGUAUUAUUCAUGACAACUUCUACCUCGAACAGCUGGGCCCAGCUCAGACAGCAGGCCCGUUCUCUAGAAUCUCAAACUGACAACUUAUUCCACACCUACUCUUCCUUCGUCUCCAACCCUGCAGCAAAGCCUUCUGAAGCGGAGCUCCGAACAGAAUCUCAACUCCAAGAGAUCCUUCAAAAACGAGAAACCGUCGUCUCCUCUCUCUCUAGACUGCUAGACUCCGAAACGGCGUUAACUUCCUCCGCCACCAAACUUCAAAAUCUUUCUCUACACCGUUCCACUCUCACAGACCAUCGCCACGAGUUCGUCCGUCUCAAAGGCACCGUCUCAGAAUCCCGCUCACGCACACAUCUUUUAUCAUCCGUCCGCGACGAUAUCAAUGCCUUCCGAUCGGCCUCUAGGAUUGAAGAAGGCAGAUCUGAGGCAGACUACAUGCUAGAUGAGCGUGACCGCAUUGAUAACUCUCAUAAUGUUGCUGAUUCAGUCCUGAGUCAAGCUUAUGCUAUCCAGUCAGAUUUUACGGAUCAGAGACAGCUACUAGGAAGCAUUAAUCGAAGGAUUGUGCACUCUGCUAGCCAAAUUCCAGGGAUCAAUACUAUCAUUGCGAAGAUUAACACUAGGAAGAAGAGGGACAGUAUCAUUUUGGCCGGUUUGAUUGCUGCUUGUUUCUUGAUGGUUUUAUGGUUUCGAUAGAGUGAGUUUUGGGUGUUCAGUGGCUAUGCCAUCGUCGCCGUAGAAGGCAUGAUUGGGUACCUUUUGUCUGUUUGUUUUAGGUCUCAGCGUACUUGUAGGUCAUGUGCAAGGACCGGCCAUUUUUCUUUUCGUUCUUGUGGAUUGUAUUGGCGCUGGUUUGGCUAUUGUACUAUACAUGACGGGAGAAAGGAAAUUAUAACUACAGAAUAUAAUCUUAA